AUGACCAGUACGCCCACCUCUGUCUCCUCGGAAGGUUCCAUCAAUCCCAAGGACAUUCUCGAUCCAGUCGUGCUUCAAGACCUCGAAACACAUCAGAAAUUCAUGCAAUGUGCGAUUGAUACCGCUGAGGAAGCCCUCAGAGGGGGCGAGACUCCUGUCGCUUGCGUUCUCGUUCAUGGCGGUAAAGUGGUUGCUCGAGGCAUGAACGAUACCAACCGGUCACUCAACGGCACACGUCACGCUGAAUUCCUCGCGAUUGCUCAAUUCCUCGAGCAGUUUCCACCGACCGAGAUGAAGAACACCGAUCUCUACGUGACGGUGGAGCCGUGCAUCAUGUGUGCUUCCGCUCUGAGACAGUACGGAAUUUGUACAGUCUACUACGGCUGUGGCAACGACAGGUUCGGCGGUAACGGAAGCGUGCUAUCGGUUCAUUCAGACCAGAGUCUCGACCCAGGCUAUCCCAGCUAUGGAGGUGUGUAUAGAAAAGAGGCCAUCAUGCUCUUGCGGCGCUUCUAUAUCCAAGAGAACGAGAAUGCACCGAACCCAAGGGCAAAGGGCAACAGAGAGCUGAAGACGGUGGUGUGA